GUGGACAUAAUAUUUUCCGAAAGUAUGUCUGAUAUUCUUAUAUCUCUGUUCAGAAGUGUUAAUUCUAAUCUAUUCAUAUGUUUGUCUUGUUUGUCAACAAAAGGAUAUUUUGGGCGCUGUUCACAUUUACUGCAGUUGCAUUUUUCCUAUAUGUUCUUGGUCAUAGGAUAAAAACGUAUAGAGCUUUUCCGAAAAGUGUAAACGUUGAAGUCGUUUACACAAAUCGCCUCAGAUUUCCAACUUUAACAAUCUGCAAUCAAAAUUUCUUUAGGACCACGAAGACUUUUGAAAUGGGCUUAUACGAUAGGGUUGAGGAUGUUUUUGGAGGUGUUGAUAAUACUGAAUCUUCGAAUGAAGAAGAAGAAUGUCGGGAUAAUCUAAUAAGACGGCCCCAAAAGUAUCUAAAAGGCUUUGAAUCCUUGUAUUUCUCUUUCAAUGACGUCACUGAAAAAGUUUGCAAAUCCUUGUGCUUGAUAUUUGCUGACAAGACUUGUAAUGCGGUCACUUACAACUUAAAAACCAAGUCCUGUUACAUAACGCCAAUAACGAAAGAUACAACUGGAGCACAAUUAAUUCAUAGCAACGUGACAAAUUAUUAUGAAAGAGAGAGAUGUAAUGGAGACAAACAACUAGUACAAUGUGAUUUUGAUGAAGAGAGCAACAGCUUCUGUGAAUUUUAUCAAGAUGACAAAGAUAAUUUUGAUUGGGCUAGACAAAAAGGAGAAACUGGUACAUUUCACACUGGUCCUACUAAAGAUCAUACAACGGGCAGAGGUUAUUAUAUCUAUGUUGAAGCAACUAAUAGAAAAGCUGGUCAAUCGGCAAAGUUAAUUUCUCCAUUUCUACAAGCUCGAAAGAAAAUUUGUAUGGAAUUUUAUUACAACAUGUUUGGUGUUCAAGCUGGUCUAUUAACGAUUAAGCGGCGAGAAACCAAUGAAAUGGAAAGUAUUAUUUGGUCUAGAACUGUUCCAUCAGAUACAACAGAAUGGAGUAGAACUGUCGUUGAACUCCAACCUGGUCUUUUCCAAGUUGUUAUUGAAGGCGUUAUUGCGGAUGGUCCUCUUGGUGAUGUUGCUGUUGAUGACAUUAGAAUUGGAGAUUGCAAAACAAUACUUCCUGAAUGUAAAUACAACAAGUAUGGUUCGGAGUUUCAGGGUUCUACAUUUACGUCAAGUAACACGAAUAAAUCAUGCACCAAAUGGACAGAAAUGUUAUCGGUUAUAAAUAAAACUGUGGUAAAAGAACGUUUCGAAUUUCCAGGAACAAGUCUGGAAGAGGCCGAAAACUAUUGUCGAAAUCCUAAUCGAGAUCCAAAAGGACCGUGGUGUUACGUUUCUACGGAUGGUGAACGAGAGUAUUGCGACAUUCCCUUUUGCGCUUGUAAGAAAGAUGAUUUCUUAUGCACAAACAAUAAUUGUAUACCGAAGUACAAAUUAUGUAACGGCAAAGAUGAUUGUGGAGAUAAUUCCGAUGAGGAAAAGACUUGCUCAUCAAGCGCUAAUUGCGAUUUCGAGAAUACUUUUGUAUCUGGAUAUCGAAAUAGAAACACUUCAACCAAAACCAUUGAAUGGAAAAGAUUUAGAGGUUCUACGAAAUCCAGUGGAAGUGGUUACAGCAAUUUAAGGUUUGAUUACACUAAAAAAUCCUCUCUGGGUCAUUAUAUGUUGGUUGAUUCGAGUGUGGCUGGACAACCAGUUGGCGAACUGGCACAGUUGCUUUCUCCAGUUAUUAAUGAAAAUUCACAGCAAAAUUGUUUAAGAUUUUACUACUAUAUGUUCAAUUUUCAUGAAGAUCCAUCUAAAAUGGGAAAUCUAACAGUGAAGCUAUACUUUAAUGAUUUAGACAUUCGACCACUUUACCGUAUUGUUGGCCGGCAACCAGAUGGUUGGCAAUCUGCUUGGGUUACAAUUCCACAGACAAAUUUAUCAUACUCUCUUCUCUUCGAAGUAAAGAUUGGAGAACAAUUUACGUCCGAUAUUGCUAUUGAUGAUAUUAAAUUAGAUUUCGGGGAAUCGUGUGAAGAAUUGUUAGAUAUUCCUAUUAAACCAGUGCCGCUCGAUCCUACAGAGUUUUUAUGCAAAUACGGAGAUAAAAUUAACAAAACGAAAUUCUGUGACGGAGUUGAGGAUUGCCCAGACGGAAGUGAUGAACUUCAAGACGAAUGCAUUCAAAGAAAUAAUGUAUCCUGCAUUUUUGACCAUGAUUAUAUGUGUGGAUAUAAAAUUGAAGGUUUGAAAUAUUCUAAAUGGCAUAAAACUUCCGUAAUCGUUGACAAGACUAAAUAUACUGCAUUAAAAGGGGAUAAGUUACUAAACGCUGGUUUCAACUCUGAAAUUAUUUCUCCAGUAGUUAAUUUUUUCGAAAAAGGAUGCAUUGAAGUUGUACUGUAUGUAUUAAAUUAUUAUGACGUUGGCAAUCGAUUUCAAGUUAUUCAAAAAUUUGAAACUUCUGAAAAGUUACUUUAUGACGCCAAACCAGUGCUUUUAUUAUCGCAAACUUGGCGAAAUUUAUUAGUUCAAGUUUAUCCUGGUAAGAGUCAGAUCAUUGUCAGAAGAUUGUCAAAACUUAGUAAUAGGUGGGGAUGGCAAUACAAUUAUUUGGCUAUAAAGGAAAUAAAAUAUCAUAACAAUUUGUGCAAUGUUGUCAAAAAAAGUUGGGGAGGUUUUUCUAAGUCAUGUGAAUUUGAUUCUUCCGCUCUUUGUGGAUUUGAUCAAGAUUAUACUACUAUUCACAGUCGUUUUUCCUAUUUAAAACCUACCUUUGUAACUGAAUCAAAAGCCACUCUUCUUCUUCAGUCCGAUAUAUACCGACUAAAGGAUCCUUUUCGAUUGACAUCACCAGAGUUUAAUGUGACAACAGCGAGCUGUUUACAAUUCUGGUUUAAUUUUAAUUCAAUCAACACUUAUAAGUAUGAGUCUGCAACAUAUCUUAAUGUCUAUUGGAAAGCUAAUGGAACAGAGCAAAGACUUUGGCAAAUUACUGGUAAAAUAGCCACACAGAGUUCUCAAUGGACUGAAACAGAAAUACCAAUUGGUUUUGGCAGUAUAAUUUUUGAAGCACAUGGUGUUUUUAACUCAUAUGCUCUAUCUAUAAAUCGAUAUAAUAUAUCAGAAGGAAACUGUCCCAAUCCCGAAGAUGUCUGUAAAACAAAAACGUAUUGCGUAUCUGUACCGUACUGUGUACCCAAUUAUUUAGUUUGUGAUGGUAAACAAGAUUGCCCGGGUGGAGAAGAAGAAAAAAAUUGUACACUUUGUUCUACAAACAAUGAUAAAAAUUGCAUUGAGAAUAGUGGAGACAAAAAAGACGAAGACAACAAUGAGGAUGACAAAAAUUCCGGUUCAGGAGAAUCUGGUUUUGAAGAGUCAGGUUCAGGAGAUGAAGAGUCAGGAGAUGAAGACUGGAAAAACAAACAAAACGAAGACACUGCCGAAGAAAAGAUUCUUGGAAAAAAAGUACAUUAUGGAUUGUUCUUUACUGGAACUACAGGCUUAAAUGAUAGUAUUCAGUUCGCACUGAAUAUCCCUUAUAAUACAUCCGAUAUUGAAAUUGAAAGUUUAAAAAUAUGGGAAAAAAUGAAAAAUCAGACUAUAGGAACAGUAGAAUCAAUAACUGUAAACAAUUUGAGAAGGUUUCAUACAGAUGCAGCACAUGAAAAACAAAAUCUCAUACAUAAAUGUUCAUGGGAAGGGGUUCCCUGCUCUCAUUUAAAUUUUUCCUCUAUUCUCACCGAUUACGGUUAUUGCCAUACUUUCAACUGGAAUGAAGACAACAUACUAACAACAACAAAAACUGGUUCAAGUUCAGGAUUGACUUUGAUCUUAAAUGUAGAAGAAUAUGAAUAUAUGAAAGGUCCGCAAAACGAUGCUGGAGUUAAAAUGUUUCUUCACAACGCAAAUGAAGUUCCUUUCGUAAGAGAUUUAGGUUUUGCAGCUGCUCCCGGUCUCCAUUCACUCGUCUCUGUUCAGUAUAGCGAGAAUGUUGGUUUACCGGAUCCAUGGGGCGUUUGUGGAACGAAACCAUUAAAAUAUUUCCCAAAAUAUACUUAUUCAGCUUGUGAGAGAGAAUGUGAAACAGAUGCAGUUGUGAAGCAAUGCGGUUGCAGGAACUCUUUUAUGCCACCGGAAGCUGAUAGAAAUCAAACGGUAUAUUGUACAACAGACCAAUAUUUCAAUUGCUUAGUUCAUAUGAGAGGUACUUUGGGAUCGAAUAAGAAAAGUUGCAAAUGCGUGGAGCCUUGUACAAUAACGGGAUAUCAGUCUUCAUUGUCUUAUUCAGCAAUAUCAUCUCUAAGUGUUGAAAAAUUGUUGAGUAUCAAUACACAAACUCUGAAGAAUAAUUUUUAUAAAGUAGAACAUCUGAAACAAAGAAUUGCUGGUUCAAAUUUUGUAAAUGACUUGAAAAUUUUAGAAAAUGUUUUACAUAGUUUUAAUGCUCUGUACAAAUAUGCAAAAGUAAAUACCUUAUCGUAUGAGAAGUCAAUCUUCUAUAAACUGAGAAGAUGUAUGGAUAGGAUGCUCUCAAUCUAUCAAUCUGAUAUGGAACUGAUAUAUCCUAUUCUUAAUCAAUAUUACGAUGCUUAUGAAGAAGCUUAUGGUACAAGUAGAUUAGCCAUGAAAUCAUCGUUUGAAUCUAUCCAAAUUAAAUCAGCUGCUGUUUUACAAAAAGCUCUAGACAGUACAGAAAGCACUGAUGUUAAGAAUGAUGAAAUGAUCUCUUUAGUUGCCGAAUAUAAUGCCACAAUUGAUCUAAUUGACCGCUUUCAGAAUUAUGUUGAAGAAAGAAAGUCUCCCUUUAUUUUAAACGUAACGACAACUGAUAAAUUACCUCCAAAACAAUAUAUCACUGAAAGUAGAGCUGAACAGUGCGAUGAAUACAAAAAGAAAAAUAUUUUACUAUUAAAUAGCAUAAUUCGUACCUUAUCCCUUCUAGAUACAAAACAAUUGAAAUGGGAAUUUAAAAGAGACUACUCCACCCUUUCCAAAAACGGUAGAAAGUAUAUGGGCUGUUUAGAAGAAUAUUAUUCAAUUGUUAAACACUUUGGAGAAUGGCAAGAAGAAAAAGAAAAAAGUAUUAAAGCUUUACUGAGAGAUGAAGGAUUAUUCCCGGAAAUUCAAAAUUUUGACUUUGAAGCAGAAUGGGAAGAAAUUGAUUACGUGAAAGAAAAAGUACUUGAUUUCAUGGAAGAAUAUAUGAAACAUUCAACGAAUAAACUCGAUAACAAACACAAUCUAGAUUCUUCGAUAAUAAAUCAAGCAAUCAGCAAUAUUAAUUCAUUUAUUCGUAAAAUUCAAACUCGUCUUGUUGAUACAAUGAGAAACAAAGUUUCUGUGACUUCCCGUUCUAUAAAAACUGGCUAUUCGGAUGCUAUCGAAAGAAUCGAACGAAUUUUUCCAUAUCAGAGUGGAAAGGGACGUGAAAUUUUAUCAUCAAUUUCGCAAAAUCUGUCGAUAUGGUGGAGACCGCGAGCAAACGUAGAAGAGCCAUCAACGCCGUAUCGAGGAGAUCUCUAUUUAAGAAUUCCAAGCAACUUGACGACGUUUCGCGAGAAAUUGCUUGAAAUUAAUUUACAGGAAAUCCUAGAUGAAUACUUUGCUCCUGUAAGAAGUUCUUUGGCUCAUUUUGAAAACUUUAUGUCUGAUUUGGAAGCGAAUUUAAUUAAGCCAUUACAACAAUUAUCAACUAGUAUUAAUGAUUAUAUCAUAAAAACGAAGAUAAAUGAAAAGUUUGUUCUGGACAACUUUAUUACUGUCGACGUCUUUUUUGCACAACUGAAAUAUCAAAAGAUUGAACAACAAGUUGCGUAUGAUAUAAGUAACUUCUUUAGCGAAGUGGGUGGUUUUCUUGGUCUUUUUCUUGGUGGAAGCGUUUUGAGUCUAUUGGAAUUAUUUGAUUUUAUGCUUAACCUUUUAACUAGAAAAUUUGAUAUGAAAUCAUCUAAAGUGUCAGAUUCUGUUAUUUCUUUGAAAUAGAAAGUGAGUAAUAUUUUGAAGAUUGUGAAUGGGAAGGAAAAAGUUUGGUUUUUUCAGCUGCCUCUGACGUAAUUGUUGUGAAGUUAUUGACUUUUAAAGUUUGCACUACUGCGUCAAUAUUCAUCUUCUCUUUUUAAAUUAGUUUAAUUAAGUGGGAGCGAAAUGCAAUAUACAGAGAAAUAACGAGAAAGAAAGUGUAUUCGUUUGUUUAAAGCUUUUUUUUAUGAAUACAACACGUUUGAAUAUCUCUAUUUUUAGUUUUGUGUAUAGUUUUAAUUAGUUUUAAAUAAAGUAGGCUGUUAAUGCAAGACUAUGCAAAAUCUAAUUAGUUUGAUUGACUCUUUCUAUCUUUGAGUGAAAUUGUUUUAAAUCCUUUACUUUAGAGAUCUCUUAGGAGCAAUCCACUAGAUGGAGUAUUACUGAGCUUACUCGUAUUUCCUAUUUUCAUUUGAUAAUGGAAGGAAGAAUAGUUUUAUCUUUCAAACGAAGUCGUUAAGUUAUUUCUAUUUAUAUAAAUAUACUAUGUUGCUUACUAUC